AUGUCUGAACGAGGCUCUUUUAGAGGAGGACAGUCUCGCGGUCGGGGCGGAGGAGGCCGCGGGGACGGACGGGGGCGUCACCAGGGCCAGCACCGGGGAGGCCAUGGCCAGAGCCAGCGGGACGGACAGAGAGACGGGGGCCAGCAGCGAGACGGACAGGGCCAGCAGCAGCAGGAGAAGCCCAAGAAGGAGAACAUCCUUGACCUGACCAAGUACAUGGACAAGGAAGUCAACGUCAAGUUCAACGGUGGCAGAGAGGGUGAGACUGUGUUUUUUUCUUUCCACUGUGGAUGUGCGAAUGCUGACUGGUGCUUUUAG